UCUUAAGUCUCUGCCCCUUUUGUGGAGGAUCAUCUGCAGGAAAGGGCAAGUUGAGGGUGCAAAGCGGUCCGGUUUUGGUUUCGGAGAUCGGAGUCUUGACUCACCCGCCCUGCAAGCACAGCUGCAAAACGUGGCGGUUGCAUUCAUUGCUUGAAUCUAGCGUGAACUGGGCGCACAGGCAGGCACACAUGGGCAGCAGGAAACGAGACAAGGCGGGACGGGCUUCAGCAGCUUCCACCCCACCUUUUUUCCCUUUUUGCACAGCCAGGAGUCUGCAAACGUGCUCAGUUGCAAGGCGGCGAAAGGAGAAGCAAGGCGAGCCUCGCUUCUUGGCCCACCCCCUUCCACCUCCCUCCAGCCGGAUGUCUGGAACAGCAGAAAGGAGUAGCGUAUUGUUCCAUUUUUAAAAAAAUUUCUUGCUGCCUAGAGCUGGUUUGGGAUCUGGAAGGAAAAACAUUUGGAUACCAGGAACUAUCUGAACCCCUCCCUAAGGUACCUCUACAAAGAAGCUGGAAGGAGGAAAAACUGAAAACAGCAUGUCUUCCAUUGCAGCUUACUACAAUGGGAAAUCAGUACUUGUUACAGGGGCCACGGGUUUUAUGGGCAAAGUACUAAUGGAAAAGCUGCUGCGCUCCAGCCCUGAUGUGAAAGCUGUUUAUAUUCUUGUGCGGCCCAAGGCUGGACAGUCAACGGAAGAGAGAGUUGUAGACUUGGUGAAAUGCAAGAUAUUUGACAGAGUCAGAGAAGAGUGGCCCAAUUUUCAUGAGAAGAUCAAACCAAUCAAUGCUGAACUUACCCAGCCAAACUUGGCCAUCACUCCUGCGGACACUCAGGAGCUCAUAUCUGAGGUCAACAUCGUCUUCCAUUGUGCUGCAACUGUUCGCUUUGAUGAGCCACUCAAGCAUGCCCUUCUGUUGAACGUCAUGGGCACACAGCAGCUCCUUUUGCUCGCCCACCAGAUGCAGAAACUUGAGGCCUUCAUCCACAUUUCAACUGCCUAUGCAAACUGCAACCGGAGAUACAUAGAGGAAAUUAUCUACCCUCCUCCUGUGGAGCCCAGGAAACUCUUUGACCUUGUGGAGUGGAUGGAUGAGUCCCUUAUUCAAGAGAUCACACCCAAACUGAUUGGGGAUUGGCCCAACACCUACACAUUCACCAAAGCCUUGACAGAGUACCUGGUUCAGCAAGAGAAAGGUAACUUAAAUGCUGCCAUCAUUCGACCAUCCAUCGUGGGAGCCAGCUGGCAAGAGCCAUUCCCUGGGUGGAUUGACAAUUUCAAUGGAACAAGUGGUUUUCUUAUUGCGGCUGGAAAGGGUAUUAUACGGACGGUAAAAUGCAAUCUGGAUGCAGUAGCAGAUAUUGUUCCAGUAGAUGUUGCUAUCAAUAUCACCCUUGCUGCUGGCUGGUACACAGCAGUCCACAGGCCCAGUUCAAUGCUGAUUUACAAUUGUACAACAGGUGGCAUCAACCCAUUUUGCUGGGGAGAGAUGGAAUAUCACGUCAUAUCCACAUACAAAAGGAACCCCCUGGAGAAAGCCUUCCGAAUACCUUGUGCUAACAUGACCUCAAACUAUUUGAUGUACCAGUAUUGGACAGCUGUCAGUCACAAGGCCCCAGCCUUUCUCUAUGAUUUGUAUCUGAGGCUAACUGGAAGGAAGCCAAGGAUGAUGAAAAUCUUCAGUCGCUUGGAAAAGAAUAUGACACUUUUAGAAUAUUUUACUAGCCGUACCUGGGAGUGGAAUUCUGACAAUAUGAACAUGUUAAUGAGCCAGCUAAGUCCAAAAGACAAAAAAUUAUUCUGCUUUGAUGUCCGUCAGAUGCAUUGGUCAGAAUACAUAGAAAAUUACUGCUUAGGAACAAAGAAAUAUCUGCUGAAUGAAGACAUGGCUGGAAUUCCUGCAGCAAAGAAACACUUAAGAAAGUUAAGGAACAUUCAGUAUGCAUUCAACACCACCCUUCUCGUGAUCAUCUGGCGCAUUUUCAUUGCAAGGUCACAGAUGGCUCAGAACAUAUGGUACUUCGUGGUGAACCUCUGCUACAAGUUCCUUAACUACUUCAGGGCUUCCAGCACCCUUAGACAUUGAACAUACCUGUCUGAUUAUUGACCACCAUCUCCUGGAAGGACCUCCAUCUCCUCCAAACAACUAUGGGUGUUUGGGCUCAAAAGUAGCAGGGUAUCUUUCAACUGCAGCAGCAUUCAAUGUGCAUUCAACAUGCAUCAUUAUGGGCUCAUUGCUUAUUUUUUACUAAUGCUUUAAUGCACAACUGUCUUCCCUCUCUAGGUCCACCAGGCUGAUUUCAAAGCCAUAAGUGAAGAUUUGAACACGGGUCACUUUGGAACAUUUCCCCCCCUGAUUAAGGGCUGUGGAUUACCAAAGCUGCCAUCUUUCGCCUUCAAUAUAAAGAGCUACCUAUUAUUCCCCACUCCCAUCUUGUUUCUACUUGUGCCCUAAGGAAAACUGGCAAGGUGUAUGUUAAAACAAAUACCUAAGAGACUACUCAGAGUUUUUAUUUUCCCAAGACCCUUUAUAGUUGAAUUGACCAAGUGGAGAUUACAUAUUUUGCUUUUCUAAAUGUGUUCAAGGGUCUCCUCACUCAACGAUGAAAAGGAAAAAAAUGAAAUCCAUGUAAGACUGA